GAAUUCUGAAUUAAAAAACAUGGCCAGCUCUUACAAAACUGAGGUUUCUUGUUAAAUUUUCUUAAAAGUUUGGAGAAAGUAUAUUUAAAAUAGAAAAAUAUCAAUACAUAGCCGUUAUUACUGAGGAGAUUUUAAAAAAAUCAAUGCAUCCUUAAAACAUUGGGUUGAUAGAGAACUAAAAUAACUCUUAUCCUUUUGCUCGGUUUAUUUAUACAACAGAGUAAAUACUUUUUCUUGGCCUCAUUCUUGAUGUACCGUGUUAAUAGGAAAGACACGCCAAGAGUUACAGUGGGACAUCUUGUGGUGUGACAACAGACAUGGCCCGGGGGCACCAGAAGUUUCAGUCCCAACAAAAAAAUGCCAAAAAGCAGGCGGAGAUUAAGAAGACCAAAGGGCAUGACCAGAAAGCGGCAGCGAAGGCUGCUUUGGUGUACACCUGCGCCGUAUGCCGGACCCAAAUGCCAGACCCGAAAACCUUCAAGCAGCACUUUGAAAGCAAACAUCCGAAGUCUCCCCUGCCGCCAGAGUUGGCAGGUGUAGAGGCGUGAUGGCUCCUCCCCUUUCUCUGUAAGGCAGUUGAAGCUAAUUCAGGAUCUUUUGGUUGCUGAUGUUUAGUGUUUAGUAUCUCCAGGUGACUGAUUGACCUGUGUGGGGUUUUCUGGCAUGGUACAUGUGGAAUUUUUUAAAUUCAAAUUGUUUAUUUUUUAUUUUCCCUGGCUUCCCAGGAUAUGAAGGAGUGUGGACCACCACCCUGUCAAAUUGCACAAAAAUUGUUAAUACUCCAUUAUAGGGUGGCUGCAGUAUUUAUAAAGUUUGAUCAUUCCGAAUAUUAAAUGUGCACAUUUCAAGUCUUCCCCCACAGCAGAUCAAGCUUAAGUUGGCAAAUGCUGCAUCUCUGAAUGACUCUCUGUAACAAGAAGUCAUUCAGAUCCAGAGUUCUGGAUGUUGAGCAGUAAUUUAUUAGCCAGGUUUGAUAUGGAAAGAAUGGCUGAGUCCCAAUAGGUUUGGAACAGCACUUGGAAAAACAAAUAUUUUCUUUUUGGAUUAAGCUCUGUUCACUUCUGUUCUGCACUGACUUUCCAGAGAAAGGUUCUUUACCUACCAUGCUCCUCACUCCAACCCCUUCAUGAUUUCUUUAGGACGGUUCUGUCUGGUGAAAUUGGUUCUGUGGGUUAAAUAUAAUGGUUUCAAGUGGCUGUGGUCUGUGUGCCGUCGCUGUACACCACCCCAGUUCUGAAUAGGAUUCAGUUCAGAUUCCCCCUCGUGCCAUUGUAACAGUCCUGACUGUAGUCCCUUGUCUAACUCUGUGGUGCAGUGUUUCUACUCUGAACCUGCAAUAAUCUAGAAUCAGUUUAUAUUUUUGUACAAGUUUCUUAUCAUAGCAUGCUAACAGACAUAUUUAAUGGAUAAAAGCCACUAUUUUUUCAAUAUGCUUGGACCUCCUGGUCUUGAACCACUGACAUUGUAUCGUUGUGCUAACUCUGGACUGACGACCAGCCAUGUUUUUACUUUUGUAAUGAUCAUAUCUUUGUCUGCACAAUGUAACUUGUUUUAAUAAAGAUAUUUUAUAUUUA